AUGAGAGCACAACAAAUACCAGAACUCUAUAUUCACCUGGUGCAUGAUAUGUAUCAAAACAUAAGCACACAGGUGAGAAGCCUGGCAGGACUUAGCGAACCGUUCCAAGUUAAGGUCGGAGUGCAUCAGGGAUCGGCACUAAGCCCAUCCCUAUUUAGCCUAUCUCUGGAUUAUAUAACUAAAGACAUCCAGUCCCCCCUCCCAUGGUGCAUGCUAUAUGCGGACGAUUUUGUGCUCAUCGACAAAUGUGCGAUUCAACUGCAAGCGAUACUCGAGCAAUGGAGACAGGCUCUCGAGAACAAUGGCCUCCAUAUCAGCAGGAGCAAGACCGAGUUUCUGAGAUGCAGUUUUAGUGAACAAUAUACGCCUAACAUAAGUGUCUCCAUCGACGGCCAGCCACUGCCCUGCGUCAAUAAAUUUAAAUACCUCGGCUCAGUGCUAACAGCGGAUAUCAACAUUGACGCAGACGUCACUCAUAGAAUUAAUGCAGCGUGGCUAAGGUGGAGAACCCUAUCAGGAAUACUUUGCGAUAGCAGGAUGCCAAUACAACUGAAAGGCAAGAUUUACAAAACUGCUGUAAGACCUGCCAUGUUAUAUGGUGCCGAAUGCUGGGCGGCCACGAAGAUUCACGAAAAAAAGAUGCACACGAAUGAAAUGAAAAUGCUACGAUGGUCAGCAGGCGUAACGAGACUUGAUAAAGUGCGCAAUGAGUACAUCAGAGGUUCCUUUAAAGUUGCGCCCAUUGUAGAUAAGAUGGUCGAGAGUCGUAUGCGAUGGUAUGGGCAUGUAAUGAGGCGGGAAGAAGAACACCCAGUGAGGAAGGCCUUGGCAAUUCCAGAGAAAAAGAAAGGCAGGGGACGCCCAUUAGCCACGUGGUGGACAACCGUAUCCAAGGAUCUGGAACGAGCACAGCUUGAAAUACAGACAACCCAAGAUAGGAAAUCUUGGCGCAUAAAAACGAGGAGAGCCGACCCCAAAUAA